AUGUAUGCGUGUCUCCAGCUAGGCCAGAGAGUGAUGGCGGCGCCCGUCCUGAGAGUGUCCACCCCUCGGUGGGAGAGAAUAGCUCGGCUUCUCGUUUGCCUGCUUGGCAUACUCUUGUCUCUAUAUGCCUUUCACGUGGAGAGGGAAAAGGCUCGGGAUCCCAGUUAUAAGGCCAUGUGCGACGUCAGCAGCUCCAUCAGCUGUUCCAAAGUGUUCAGCUCAAGGUGGGGUCGAGGAUUUGGACUCUUGGGCUCAAUUUUUGGAAAUGACAGUGCACUGAACCAACCCAACAGUGUCUACGGGAUUGUCUUUUAUGCCUUUCAGCUCCUACUAGGAAUGACUGUCAGUGCAAUGGCCGCCCUUAUUCUCAUGACGACAUCCAUCUUGUCGGUGGUGGGUUCGCUCUACCUGGGCUACAUCCUCUACUUUGUCCUAAAGGACUUCUGCAUCAUCUGCAUCACCACAUAUGCGCUGAACUUCAUUCUCUUUAUUCUCAACUACAAGCGACUGGUUUACUUGAAUGAGGCCUGGAAGCAGCAGCUGCAGGCCAAGCAGGACUAAGCUGUCGAGAACGGCAAGAAAAAUACGAUAAACAAACAAAAAGAAAAAAAGAAAUGUGACCUCUGAACAUUUGACUUGCCACCAGGAGACCUUGCUUCCAAACAAUGUUUAUUCUGCUGUGUGUUCAAAAAAAAUGAAGAAAUUUAACUUAAAUGUUGGGCCUGACAUCUCAAUGUUGCAAACACGGAAGGAUUCGUAAGUGAAAGAUGAUUUUCUUUUAAUUUCUUUUUUUCCUCGUUUAACAUUGUACUCACAUAAGGAAGGGGCUGGCUGUGUGUGUGAGUGUGUGUGGGGAAACACGUCAACCCGAGCAAGCAGAGGCAGAAGGCCGCAAUACAGAACGAUGGAGGACAGCUCUCUUUUGAACAAAAAGGAUCGCAAGGUGGAAGAAAACAGGACAUUAAAGGGGUUUACUUGAAAUGGUUAGAAAGGUCCUAUUACUGCACAGCAGAUCUGCACUAAAUACUCGGAGCCGAAUAAUGGGUCCCAAAAUUCGAAAAACACUCGUUAGGUUAUCAUACCGUUUGCAGAUAAGGUUCUACGGCAGGGCGGGUGGGGGGCAAAACGAUUAACAUUUAUACAGAAUAGUUUCUUUUCAUGUUUACACUUUGUAGUACGUUUCUUUUAUGAAGAGGACCACUAAAAAUAAACACAGGACAAUGUGAGAUAUUGUGUGUAGAUCAGUCAGAUUGUUUGUUUUUUUUUGCAAUUCUGUAAAUAGCUGCUGAGCAAUAUUCCAGGCUAGAUUGUGAUUUAGUGUUGACACAAACCUUUAAGGACAAAUACCCACCGAUAAAACAGGAGAAAAACGUCAGUAAAUUGGGAACAAAAAAGCGAUAAAGGUCACAGAGGUUGAUGGAUGAAGAUGUGCUCGGGACAUCUUCCGUCCUGUAAUCCUGGUCAGGCAUGCAGUUCAGAGUUGUGUGGAUUUCUUUGUUGUAAGUGGUUAUUGUUUCAUCUGAAGCCACCGACACAAGUCUUUUAAACAGAACUAUGGGUUCUUUUCACCAAGUUUGCAUAAAGGCACCCUCACUCUUUUUGUUUUUUCUUUUGGUUAUUGUGUGAAAAGCAUUCCUGACCACCUCACAAGUGGGAUCCAUAAAGACUUAUGUGCCUAAAGGAGUGUUAAGGUGAAUUACCUUUUCUUUUCUUUCUUUUUUAUGUUUUGGGUGUGGGUGGGGGGGUGUAAUGUCAUGUUAACACCAGUUCUGCUCGUUGUUUUAUUGUCACAGGUCCAAGGCUUUAUUUUUAUGAUCACAGUUUUGUAAAUUAAGAUACCAGUGAAGUGUUUCUCCCUCCCUAAUAGAGUCUCAUGAGGUAGCAAAGGCGGCUACACUGUGAUUGUCUGCUGAGGUGUAGAGUGGCCUGGUGGCAGAGGCGUCUCUUAUCUUGCUGUUUUAAAUGCUCAUCUGGCUUUUGUUCACUGUCCAGCCUGUAUACAUUUGAUGUCAAUUGAACAGUAACGGUGAUCUUGCCAAGCUGAGUUACAGUUCAUUUGCAAGGAUGUGAACAAAACUUGGAACAAUGUCAUGAUUUAUGUAGACAUGAGUGGCAGGAGUGUAACAAGGUGUAAGAAAACAAAACAGUAUGUUAAGCCAUAUGUGGAGUUUGUGGUGAUUUCUGCUCCCGUAGGAAAGCUAUCACCGACGGUUUUCUUAGCGGCUGCAGACACUGAAGCUGUUGAUCUAACAUUGUACAGAGAGAAAAGCAACUACAGCUGGUAGUGGUUUUACUAUAGAAAUCCACAUUACUGUCAGUUCAGUUCAGCACCAGGCAACGGAGUAGGACCGUUGUCUCUUUUCCAUCCAGAAUCAACUUAAAGAUUAAAGUAUCCAGAUGCAUGGUACACUAUCUCCUGGCUUUAAGCAUAUGUUGGCCACCGGACAAUCUUACACACACACUGUCAAAGAUCCAGAACAGUUGUCGUCAUAACUGUAAUAAUGUGAUUCAUCUGUGGUGUUAAACCAGUUUGUUAAUAGUUUCCAUUACUGCUAGUCUCCAUGCCCCCUUCACUUUAAUACAAUUCAGGUUCUCCCUGACUAAACAUUGAAGGUUGCUAAUGUAUUGAUGAUAGCAACUGCCAGGAAAGUAAUCUCACAGACGUGCUUCCUGUGAUAACAUGUGAAGUCAUCGCUUGUCUUUGAAAAUGGAAAUUGAGGUGAUGCUUUGUAUCCCCAGGAUAAUGUCAAAGUGAAAUUGUCUGUUCAUGCACCCAUUAACUUCUUAUCAUACACAGGCUGUGUGAUGUUAUUGCUACCCAUUUUCCAAAGCAUUAUGCAUGUUAUAUAUGUUUUUCCUGCAUACCAGUGGGGCUGGGUGUCGUUUAAAAAAUCUGCAAUGCCAGCACCCCUAGUGAUACCAACACCAAGCGAGAACAACUUGUGACACCUUUUUUUUUUUCAUUCAAUACCCAUCAUGUGAAUGGAAGUUGCAUUAAAUGCUACUACCACUUCUCUUCUCGCUAAACUGUCAACUCCUGUAUGAGUUGUAGCUGCUGCAGUGGCCAAUCACACGUCACAUUAAAUCUAAAAACUGUUGCAGAACUAAGCAGCAAGCAAAAGCAUGCACAUCUUUUUUUUAUUCCAUGUAUUCUUCCUACUUGUCAAAACAUUGUACCUACUUCUUUCUUACUCAUAUGGUGACAACCAUCUCCCCAUUACCUGUAAACAGAAUCUGAUGUGUAAAAUCUGUAGAGUUCUGCUUGAAACACAUUUAAACUCAUUGAAACACUGUGGUUUGCUUUGGAAAAUGGUUGGCAGUUGUUACGUUGCCUUGAGUUGGUAGUAAAAAUGGCACGGUCCUUUUUAGCAAACUGUAUCCUGUCCUCCAUAGAAUGAUUUUAAAUGUUUGCAUCAUUUCUUAGCAAGUCAUCUUUAAGAUCUUCCUUAUACAGUAUUGCCUUUGUAGGGCGAACAUCAGGUUCUGCUUCAUCUCAACUCAGAAUAAGAUUAACAACCACACUGUUUUGUCUUCGUCCAUUGUCUGGGAAAGCCUGUGUACUCACAUAUAAGACAAGUCUCCUAUGGAUUCACUUGCACAAGUCAAACUGACAUAACUUGCUAGUUUUUGUGGCAACUAUGGGUCCUGUGAGUAUCGACCAUAGAACCGACAAGUAUAGAGUAGGUAGCCUAUCAUUACGUCCAGGCAUAUGCAAGCCUGUUACACUAGUGGUGUGCAGUUACUUUAAAGAAAUGGGUAUUGAAAUUGAGUCAAAAGUUUGAAAUCUCUGGCUGUUAACACAUGUUGUGUGAUGAUUUAUUGUCAAAAAAGAAGGUCAAAAUAAGCGAUUACUGCAUUCUCAUGAAUAUUCAUUUAGGCCCUGAGGUAUAACUGCCAUGUUAGUUGCAUCACCAAUGCCAACAAAAGUGCCUUCUGUUUGAUCACUAGGCCUUGAGCCAAAGACGAGCAACAGUAAUAGCCUUGUAAAAUGAAGAAUGGUAACUUUAACAGGCACUCCUGCUUGCCUUCCUUAACAUAUAAUCUGAUCAAAUUGGUAAUUCCCAAAGAUUUGAUAUCCAGUAUCGUUGCAACAAUCCAUUCAGAAAUUGCCGGACAAAAUGCCCUGUCAAAUCAAUGGUCGUUCCCUUUUUCCUCCCUGAACUCCACAAUAUAUUUCUCAUCUUUAUUUUGUCUAGCUAGGUCAUGUUUGUUAGCUAAAAAAUACACUCUACAUGAUUGUAAUGUUCUUUUUUUCCAUCAUUAAGUACGCCCUUUAGCUGUAUAGACUGUUAACAUUCUGGGUUAUUUUAGUAAAAAAAAUAAAAAGUUGAGGGGUUGGAGGGCUAGGAAUCCAUGUGUCAGCAUAAACGGUUUUAUUAAAUUUCUUUGUGGAGGAAAACUUACUGGGUUUGCUUCUGUAUUGCCAAAUAUGUUUUAAAAUGCUGUAUUUUCUUACAUGGAAAAGUGUUACAUGAAGGGUAGGAGGGUGCAAAAAAAUAAUCUGUUUAAAUCCAGCUUACCUUAAGGGAAAACUGUGGAAACGUUUGACAUGAGAACAUUUUUAAUUGUGUCAUUGUCAUGUGGAAAUGAUCUACCAUUAAAACAUUCCCUCUGAAA